UAUACCACAUUGUUAAUAGACACCCGCCGCAUCCUGACGCAAAUAAAAAAUUUAUAAACGUAAAAGGUGCAAAGCGAGACGACGUAGUCUUUCGACACCGGUGGCAGUUUUUCGGAUACCUUUGCUCGAAUAUAACGUGCGCGCCAUGGUUUCUACUUGUCGUCUCUUACUUACGUUAAAACGUUUGAUUCGGUGAAAAAGCGAUGUCGUCGGUGCGAACAUAUCACUUCGGUUAAUUUUCUAAAUCGUCAUGAUUUAUCAUAUCCAGAACCAUCAACUAACGAUGUGAGACGUCCAUAAAUCCAUUAGACCCAAUGUUGCGAGUAGACGAUUGCGUUGUGCUGCGGCGGGUUUCGAUGGGCGGCGGAGAAGAGAAUCCGGAACCACCGAUUCCAACGCAAAGUUUAAACCGUAGGGCGAGUCGAAUAUCAAAUCUAAAGAAUGAGCUGGUACUGCAUGAAGCUGUGAUCAAAAAUGACGUAGAGGCUGUUCGAGAAGUGAUGAAAGAACCUUUGGAUGUUAACUCUAGAAAUAAUUAUGGACGAGCACCGAUACAUUGGGCUUCUUCGCGAGGCAAUAUCGAAAUAAUGGAAAUGCUAAUAGCUGGAAAAUGCGAUAUAGAAGCAAAAGACAAGUAUGGGAUGAGGCCUAUUUUAAUGGCAGCUUGGCACGGUCACAGGGAAGCAGUUCAAUUAUUAAUUAAUCACGGAGCGGAUGUUAGUGCGGUUAAUAAAAAGCAAUACACUUUACUGAUGUGCGCUGCCCGAAACAACAGACUAGAAGUGGUGAAUUUCUUAUUGGAUAAUUUAGAUCGAGUAGAUUUGGACGCGAUAGAUAUAGAUCAUCAAACCGCCCUGCAUCAUGCUGCCAUCGGAGGCCACAUUGAAAUCGUUCAAAAACUCGUUCACGUCGGAGCCAAUCCAACCACUGUCGAUAAAAGAGGUGACAGUCCAUUACAUUCCGCUUGCGCCAAAGGUCAUUUAGAAGUGGUAGAUUUUUUAUUACAUCACGACGCCAAUAUACUUGUCCAAGACGAAGAUGGGAAUACACCUUUACAUGUGGCCGUAGAAAAUCGUCAAACUCAUGUGGUUCAGCUACUUUUAGAAGACGGAAAUCCGACAGAUUUACAAAACAACAAAGGUCAAACACCAUUACACAUAUCCGCCAGUCAAGGAAGUAAAGGCAUAACGGAAUUAUUGGUUCAGUACGGAUGUGAUAUUAAUGCCCAAAGCAAAAAUGGGAAUACUGCAUUACACAAUGCAUGUCUUUCAAAUAACGCUCAUAUCGUAGAAUUUCUUCUUUCUAAAAACGCCGAUAUAAAUGCUCUUAAUUGCAGAUUACAGUCGCCGAUACACAUAGCUGCUGAACAAGGCUAUACGGAAAUCUGUAAAUUGCUUUUAGCAGCUGGAGCUAACAUUCAACAACGAGAACAAGGAGGCAAAACACCAUUGUAUAUCGCAGCUAGAGGAAGUUUUACUGCCAUUGUAGACAUGAUAAUUCGAACUGCCAGAUUAGAAUAUCCUAGCAAUUCAAAUGAUAAUCAUGCGAUCACUAGAAGGCAGAGUCGUUGGUCUCAAGGACCGGAUUUUGAUUUAUUGGGGCCAAAAGAAAAUAAUGAAAGGUUUUUAGAAGUAUUAUGGAAACUAUCACAUAAAUAUUUGGAACCGGGCGAAUGGAAAAAACUCGCCUAUCGGUGGAAUUUUACUGCUGAACAAAUAAAAGCCAUUGAACACCAAUACACAGGUAAAAGAGGUCCUUCGAGUUAUAAAGAACACUGUCAUCGAAUGUUGAGAAUUUGGGUCGAUAGCCUGCCACCUACGGUAGAUGCUGUUCAAGAAUUGGCAGAAAGUUUAAUCGCCAUAAACAAAGAAAAAUUAGCAGACACAAUAAUCAGGAAGAUGCAAGAACCUGAUAAUCCUCGACAAAAAACAAAACAUUGCUGCGACAAAGAAUGUAUAGUGAUGUAAAUAAAAAUUCUAUUUUUAUAUCAGACCACCAUUUUUUUUUUCUUUUAUAGUUACUUAAACGUUUUAACUGCUCAAUUUAGACUAUACUGUUGCUGUAUUCGUUGUUAAAUAUCUAGUUGAUAUUUUGUUUUCCUUGUCUUACGUUAAGAUGUAAAUUAAAUCUUUGAUAUUUUUUUUUCUUUUUCAUCCAUGCUAAUGUUUUCGAAUUUUACCUUUUUGUUAAAAUAAUUCGUUUUUUGUAAAUGUUUUCCUUAUUCUAGUAUUUUUGUUUCUUCGAUUGUAUUUCGUCUUUUUUUUUUUCAUUUCUCAUUUUACUUUUUAUCCGUUGUUCUUAAAUUAGGUACUUUCGUGCGUAAAUUUACCAACAUUUUGUUUUAUUUUUCAUAGUUGUUGUUACAAAUGUACCUCUACCUAUCAUCGUUCAUUCGUUACUCGUACAUUAAGAACAUUCAGUAUUAUAACGUUUAUUGAUGCUCCCGCAGUCAAUAGGUUUAUUUUUGUCUUUUAUUUUAUUUUUUCGACUUAUAUCUUCAAGUACCUAUUAGUAUUUAAAUUGAAUAAAAUGUCGUAUCGUGA